AAAAAAGAAAGAAAAAAAAAAAAAACACACCACACUGGAGCGCAUUUUGUGUCGGCCGACAGCGCAGGAAGGAAGGGGAGAGGACGGACUCCGGCUGGGAGACGGAAAUGAGAGGGGGGUGUCCAAAGAGGAAACCCUAUCCCUUUAAGAGCAAGUGGGACAUAGCGGUGCGAGAAAAGGAGAGGAGGGGGAGAAGAAAGAGGAAUUAAAAAAGAAAAGGAAGAAAGAGACAGGGAGGGAGGAGGGAGAGCGGGCGAUAAAAAAAGAAAGAUGACAUCCUCGCAGCUGAACGGCCGAGGUGGAGCGAUAGGCUGCGGCCCGGCGAGAGCGCAGCUCGCCGGGGUCAGGGCUUGAAUCCAACAACGAGGCUUCGACAAACACCCGAUUGGCCUAUUGGGUGGAAAUCGGAAAAAUAGAUUCAUAAAUUAAAAACAAAGCAUGACCCGCCGUGCUACCAGAUACGUGUGUUAUAACCCAUAUUGGUUCUCGUGCGUCAAAACGCAUUUAUUUCACGCAGACUGGUUUAUGUUUGUGGCUAAAGUGUGAUAGUGUAAGAUGCGGUUUUUUUGUUUUUUACAUUUUUGUUUUGGGUUUUGGAAGUAGUUUAGUUGUGUGAUGUUGCGUUUUUCAGUGAGGAUUUGGUGUUGAAUGAAUUAAAGUUCGAAACCAAAGUGAAACGGGCCGUUUCUUGGAGCUGGCCUGCUCCACCACUGCCCGAGUACCGCAGCCUGCAUUAGUCCACAGCUGCGUGCAUUUUAAUUGACAGCACAAGGCUACCUCAAUGAGAACAACAAACACAUUUUUGCUAGACGACUUUGUUGUUUUUCGAGAGGAUCCGGGAGUUCGGUGCUGCAGGAGGACGAUCACCGCCGGGCCGAUCCGAGCCAUGCCAGGGCUGCUCCGCUCGAUCUCAAUCUGCAGCUGACUUUAUAAUCUCCAUCGCUGUGGCGCAAAAUGGAUGCUGCUUGGAGCAAUUUUCUCUUCCAGAGUACUCCCACCCAAAACCAAGUGGAGGGGAGCCUCCAAUCAGAGCUGAUGCCAGUGCAUACGAGUUCUCCCCAGACCCCACCCACAGAGCACAUAGCUCAGCCUCCUUCAACUGUGGACACUACAGCUCUGAGUGAGGAGCCCCUUCCUGUGAAGCCCGUCUCCCGGCCGGCUCGCGCCCAACACAUCUGUGCCAUCUGCAACAAGCAGUUCAAGAACAACUACAACCUGCGGCGGCACCAGUCGGUCCACACUGGGGUACGCAUGAAGGACAGGGCCAGAGAGCAGGCGGAGGGAGCGAAGGAGGGAGCAGCCGGCCAGGUGGUGGCGGCGGCGGCGGUCCCGUCGGCGAUGGCGGUGGGGGCCGGAGGGAGGGCGGAGAGGCCCACUAUUCCCCUCUCCCUGCUGCACCUCUCCACGCCUCCCCCUCUCGCCCCUCCCGGCCUGCUGGCGGGCGCCCAGCAGCCUCCCCUGGGUGCUCAGGAUGGUGAAGGGGUUGCCAUGCCAAACGUAAUGGCUAGUGUUAACCCUCAUGCUCCGCCUCCUGCUGCUGUCGUCAUGGCCACAGGGGCGACAGUACAGCGGCCCACAAAUCCCAACCCGAACCCGGUGAGGAAGAACCACGCCUGUGAGACGUGUGGGAAGGCCUUCCGAGACGUCUACCAUCUGAACCGCCACCGCCUGUCCCAUUCGGACGAGAAGCCGUUCUCCUGCCCCAUCUGCCAGCAGCGCUUCAAGAGGAAGGACCGCAUGAGCCACCAUGUUCGCUCCCACCAGGGCGGAGUGGAAAAGCCCUACAUCUGCCCCCACUGUGGCAAGGCUUUCUCCAGGCCUGACCAUCUGAACAGUCAUGUCCGACAGGUGCACUCCUCAGAGCGACCCUUCAAAUGCCCCACUUGCGAGUCCAGCUUUGCUACGAAGGAUCGCUUGCGUGCACACAUGAUUCGCCACGAAGAGAAGGUUCCCUGUCACAUCUGUGGGAAGCUCCUGUCUGCUGCUUACAUCACAGAUCACAUGAGGGUGCACAACCAGUCGCAGCAUCACGCCUGCCACCUCUGUAACCGCAGCUUCACCACGCUGACGUACCUUCGUGUUCAUGCCCAGAAGCACCACGGACAGGAGUGGAAGGACAGUCCGGGCGGCUUCGGCGGCACGGCCUCGGGCGGCGUUCUCGUCUGCCACCUGUGCGGCGUCCACUGCAAGACGCCCACCCAGCUGCAGGGCCACAUGGGCACCCACAGCAACAGCCAGGCCGCCCCGAGCCCCAUCACCUCCAACGUGGCCGCCAGCAGCUCCGGCUCCCUUAGCAACAUGGUGACAGCACCCACCGUCUACGUCACCGGCAACACGGUGGUGGACCUGCUGGUCACAGACUGCUCUAGCAUCGCGGCGCCGCAGACACACAGUUAGCAGUCAGACAGCUUAGCAGGAACAACCUCAGUCCCUCAGCAGAGGUUAGAGAAGGUUGCAGUUACUCGUAGAUGCUGAUCCGGUUUCAGUUCUGCCACUUAUCGGUAAGGUUGGGAUUAAGAGUGGGGGGAGAUUAAUGCCAGUGAAGGGCAGUUUCACCUCAGAGCUGCAGAGCACCAGGGAAAAGACAGAAAGACUGAAAAGACGGACUUUUGUGGCUGCAGCAGGUUCACUGACAUUAACGACAAACAUGGAUGUGCUGUCCAGGUAUUCCUGAAUGCUCUCAUGCAUUUGAGACUCCAAUGAAACUGUGGUAUUGUGGGCAUCUACUGUAUUACUCUCCCCUCUCUGCCCUCCCUCUGUCCCUCCCUUAAAGCCUGGCUGCUCUCUGCAAGUGCACCAAGUACUGUAUAUCUCACACCAGCUCUGAUCUUACCUCCAUUUUGCAGCUCACUUACUGAGAAUCCAAAUGGCUUGCGUUACAAAGUAGCAGGGAGAGAGAGUAGCUCUCGGUAAAAACAAAAAUCAAGAAAAACAUUAGACGGGACGUUGUGUGUGUUUGAGUGUGCGUAAGUCUGGGCUCCUCUCGCAUGUUUGCUUGUUUGUUCACUAAAAAUUAAGAUCAACAUUUGAUUUUGAAGCCGUAACGCUAGUUUAUUAAGUCUCGACUUGUGGGAUGUUUCUAGAUCAGGACAGAAGAUCAUACUCGUGAUCGGUGUUGAAACGUGGGAUGUAUUUGUUCAUUUGUUUCCUAAAAGGUACAGAAGUGAGAAGAGAGUUCAGGAGCGUCAAGCACCUUAAAAAUAUUAUCGGUGGAUUCAGUAAGGAUCAAAAUGGGUAUGAGAUUUCUUGGAUUUUUCUUGCUCUGAGUCUUCCUCUCUGGGUCUGGCCUUUAAAAAACAAACAAAAAAACAACUGCUAAUCAACACUUCAGCUUCUGACAUAGCAAUUGUUGCACCUGAGAACUACCUUUUUGCAUGGAAAAAAAAAACAAGCUAGCUCAGUCAUGCUUAUUGUUAGGGAGCGGUCAUGACGAAAAGAAACUUUCAGCAGCUCCACUAAGUUAGUUGGCUGUAAACAAUGAUAUUUAUGAAAGUGUUGAUUUUAUUCAGAAGAUUUUUCACAUUGUUGGCCGUUCAUUUGAUUGUAACUGUCAUUGCCAUAGUCCUUUCUGUUUUCUCUACGUACCAGUCCAAUGAGUGGAACUUAUGCAUUAGAUUUAGUCUUUUAACUCUCUGUAUAGCACAUAAUGUUUUCAACGCAAGUCAUUAUCGUUCUCCAUGAAUCAUGUGAAGAAUGGUCACAUGUCCGUCGGAUACUUUGGUUGGUUUGAGUUUAAUUGUGAGUGACGUGUGGUGUUGAAAGGGCUUCUAAAGUCACAAGUCAGGAGUACGAUGGACGACACCACUCGGUAUGCUGUAAACAAAUCCUGGUUUUGUACUGGAGUGCUUUUUUCAGUUUCGUGUUGAUAUGUUACCUUGAGAUUUGUAGACUUGUUUCUUUCUUCCUUUUAUUCUUUUCUUUCUUUGGAAACGUGUUCUUCCUGUUGAGAAAAUUAGUGAUUUAUUACGAGUUAAUUUUAGUUUUUUCUCCAUUACACUAAGAAAAAAAAUAAUAAUACCUCUACUCUAGGAUUCUGUACAGCUCUUGUGAUACAUCUUAAUGCCUUAUCGUACUCAACUGCAUUUUAAUUCUUUUAUGAUAAAAUAUUUCAAAUCUUAGUCAUGGAUUCAUUAAGAAUAUUAAUGGGAUGUAUUUAUAUUUAUAUUUUUAUAUUUCUCAACAGUAUGCAUGUCUAAACGGUUGUUAGAGCAAAAAAAAAAAAUAAAUCAAUGAUGCUUACUACAGUCAUAAAUAUUAUGUUAUUUUGUAGAUGAAGUAGAGAUCAUAUUAUUUUGUAAUUUGGACAAUUUAAAGUAAAAACGGUAAACGGG